GGAACGUUUAUAAUAGGUAGUAUUUGGGUGCGACGGUAAUAGGAAUUUAUGCUGGAUAUUGGAAUGGCGAAGAAAACUUAUGAUUUAUUGUUUAAGUUAUUACUUAUUGGAGAUUCUGGUGUUGGAAAAACAUGUAUUCUAUUUCGAUUUUCUGAUGAUGCAUUUAAUACAACGUUCAUUUCCACAAUAGGUAUUGAUUUCAAAAUAAAGACAAUAGAACUGAGAGGGAAGAAAAUCAAAUUACAAAUAUGGGAUACUGCAGGUCAAGAAAGGUUCCACACCAUCACCACAUCAUAUUAUAGAGGAGCUAUGGGCAUUAUGUUAGUAUAUGAUAUCACAAAUCCAAAAAGCUUUGACAAUAUAGCAAAAUGGCUAAGAAAUAUUGAUGAACAUGCAAAUGAAGAUGUGGAAAAGAUGAUUCUUGGGAACAAAUGUGAUGUGGAUGAUAAGAGAAUGAUAAGUAAAGAACGUGGAGAUGCAAUUGCCAGAGAACAUGGGAUUAGAUUUUUGGAAACCAGUGCAAAAGCAAAUGUUAACAUUGAGCGAGCUUUCAUUGAACUUACAGAUGCAAUUUUGAGUAAG